GUUGCUAUGGCUAAAUGUUCUCCUGCAGUUAGUGAUUUUUUUGAUCAUCUUUGUCGUAUUGUGAAUUUGGUUGGUGCUUCUUGUAAGAGAAAGGAUAUGCUUCGACAAAAACAACAUGAACUUAUAUUGAAACGUUUAGAAAGUGGUGAGAUCCUUUCUGGAAAAGGGAAGAAUCAAGAAACUUCUUUAACUCGGCCAGGAGAUACACGGUGAGGUUCACAUCAUAGAACAAUACUUUGUCUUUUUUUGAUGUGGCCAUCGGUAGUGGAAGUGCUUGGGGACAUACAUCAAGAUGCUACCAAUCAAGAAUUAAAAGGUAUUGCAGAAGGCUUACUUGAAAAAAUGGAGACAUUUAAAUUCGUCUUUAUGUUGCAUUUGAUGAAAGUUAUCUUGGCGAUUACUAAUGAUUUGUCAGAAGCUUUACAACAAAGAACUCAGAAUAUUAUAAAUGCUAUGACAAUGGUUCGAAGUAUGAAGAAUAAAUUGCAGCUAUUAAGGGAGGAAGAAUGGGAGACAUUCUUAGAAGAUGUGAAGAAAUUUUGUGAUGAUAAUUUCAUUGAAGUGCCCAAUAUGGAAGACAUAUUGCCUAUCCGAGGUCGCUCAAGGCGUGAGGGACAAGCUGUUACUUACUUCCAUAUAUAUCGUGUUGAGAUCUUUUGCGGGGUUAUUGAUCUUAUUUCCCAAGAGAUGGAUAACCGUUUCACAGAAGGAAACACAGAGCUACUACUUUGCAUUGGCUCAUUGGAUCCUAGGAAUUCAUUUUCAAGUUUCGAUAAGUCAAAACUUGUCCGUCUUGCACAAUUUUAUCCAGAAGAUUUCUCUUUACUAGAUCUUGAGCUGUUGCCAAAUCAGUUGGAUAAUUUUAUCUAUGAUGUGAGAAUGGAUAAAGAUUUAUCUGGACUUCAAAGUAUAGGAGAUCUUUCUGUCAUGAUGGUUAAGACACACAGACACACUGCUUAUCCUUUGGUUUAUCUUCUGGUUGAGUUAGCUCUGGUUCUACCUGUUGCCAUUGCUACUGUUGAGAGAGUUUUUUCUGCUAUGAAAACGAUCAAGACUUAUUAGCGUAAUAGGAUGGGAGAUGCGUGGCUGAAUGAUAGUAUGAUGAUAUAUAUCGAGAAAGCUAUUUUUGCAAGUGUGGAUAACGAAGCUAUUCUACAACAUUAUCAAAAUAUGCAAAAUCGCAAGAUCCAACUAUCAUCCAUCACUUCUUCAGAAAAGAAUAGUACAACUAUUGGAAAU